AUGGAAGUUCGUUUGGGAAAAUAUCAUAACAAGGCAGAAGCAUCCAACAAGAUCAUUUUAAACGGAAUUAAGAAAAGAUUGGAGUCUUCCAAAGGAAGGUGGGUAGAAGAACUUCCGUCAGUAUUAUGGGCAUACCGAACCACUCCCCGCAGGUCUACAGGAGAAUCUCCAUUCGUGCUUGCUUAUGGAGCAGAGGCUGUCAUUCCCUUAGAAAUAGGGCUUCCGACUCUCCAAACGCAAGUAUUUGAAGAAGGCAACAAUGAUUUGGCAAUGGAAAGAAAUUUGGAUUUGCUGCAGGAGAGAAGGGAUCAGGCCAUGGUGCGGCUGGCUGCUUACCAACAAGUGUUGUCCCGAUCCUAUAAUAAAAAUGUUAGGGCAAGAAGCUUUGAAAUUGGGGACUUCGUUUUACGAAAAGUCUUAUCUCAAACUAAGGAUCCAACUGAUGGAAAGUUGGGUCCAAAUUGGGAAGGACCUUUCCAAGUCAUAGCACAGAUCAAUCCAGUGUUUUCACUAAGAGGCGGUUGGAAAGGAGGCAAGAAGUUACUUGCGGUUGGCAAAGAGGCUAGAAGUUACUUCAGAACUGUCAUUCAACCGUCUCAGCAGUUACUCCACACGUCUCAGAUAUUAUUCAUCACAGUUCAACCGUCUUAUCACUUCCACCUAUAA